AGUUUAAAACGAAGGAAGCGACGACGACGAGAUGGCAGCGCGCGUCUUGCGGCUUGUCCUCCUGCUGCAUGUAGCCGUCGCCGCGUCCAGCAAGGUGGGCGACGUCGAGGUCGAAGACUUCAGCUUUGGGCGAGGCACUGUUCGCUCCACGACAACCAACAUUGAGAUCACGACGAUCGAGAUUACAGGCAGCGAGCUCAAGGACCACCGCUUCUCACACAAGGUGAGAACGCCCGACCCGCCGCCAGCGUCCGCCACGCCGCCAGCAGCAGAUGUAGUCGAGCCCGAUGCAGCAGCAUUGUCAGCACACGACAAAAUAGAGCGCAGCCUCGAGGCAAUGUCCAAAGACGCCAACGACCAUAUCGAUCGUGUCGAGAUUUUGACGCCCGAGCAAAUGCACCGUGUGUCCAUGGCUGUUCUUAGCGCGCUUCUGCUCGGUGGCGCGCUCGUUGCCAUCGCAAUGUGGUUCCAACAGCAGCGCCAAACGCAGUUCGCUCUCGCCUGGCUCGCGCACGAGACCAGCCGUGACGCCAUUGCGGCUGCGAUGACCGGCGCGUCGGUCGAGUUUCAAGACGCCGCAGCGCUCCGCUUGCGACUGCUGGACUUUCAACAUCAAGUCGACAAGCUUGUCGCAGCUGCCAUGGCGACGACCUUUGACGACGGCUUGUGCACGUUCUCGUCGACCUCGGGCUCCCUCGGCGAGCUCUUGGCGUCGAUGCAAGCAGGUCUCUGCGAAGUCAAGGCAUUCACUGCCGAAGUCGAGUCGCCCGCCGAUCGUGCCCUAUGUGCGGCAUGGCACACGGCCUUGACGUCGCAUCUCGAGACGCUGGGCCGCCUGCAAGCACGCAUCCAGCGGACGCUCCACUCGCUCUUGGCAUCGGACAACCAUCGUAUGCAGUGGUCGAUGGACGAGCUGGAGCGUCUCUGGCAGCUCUGGAACAGCCUCGGCCUCGACGACGAGGACACGACAUGGUAUACGACCGCCCGCAAGGAGCUCGAAGCCCGAGCGAGCUGCGUCUCCAAUCUUGAGUCACUCCUCGCCGCAUUCGCAACGUCACCUGCGCUGUCGGACGACCUGCGCGAGAUGCAAGAGCUCGUCGCGACAGCCCAGCGGCACAAGUGGGUCCACGAGGUCAUUGCCCGUAGCGAGCGGUUCGUACAAGACACGAGCGACGAGAAUGACGCACAGCUCGUCACGACGACGCACUCGUAUCAAGUGUCGCGGGUUGAGCGCGAGCUCGCGGCGUUUCGCGACCACCGGGAUGAGCGCAUCCAGGAGUACGUGGUUCGAGAUCACAUGGCGCAUGACGUGGCCGUGCGGCACCUUGAGCGAAUGAUGUUUGACUACGCGCUGCACUUGCACAACCUCGAACACGACCACCGGCUUGAGACCCAGCGCCUAGUCGAGCAACGACGCUUGCACCAAGAAGUGCUCGCCCAGCGGCAACGCCAAGCGACAGAAGCAGCCCAACACCAGUGCGAACGCGACCGCAUCAAGUAUGCCGCCAAACUAGAAGCCGCCGAGAAGAAAAAAGCGGAUCGAGAAGCCGAACGACAAAGGAAGCGAGAAGAGAAGCGCCAGGACGAACGCGCCAAAGAAAAGGCGCAGCUGCUGCGGGAUCGAUCUGUGGCCGAGUGGCGACACGUGGAGCGCUGGGCGCGCUGGAACGGCUGCCUCCUCUUGCUCUUGCUCGCCAUGAUCUUUUGGGAAGUCGUGUCGACGAGCGGCGUGUACUUCUCGCCGGCCUGCGACAACGAUGCAUCGUACUGGUCGCCGUUCUCGACCACGUCGCGCUGGAGCUGCCAACUCGUGUACGGUCUCAAGGUGGCCGGUGGUCUCAUUGGCAUUCUUGCGGCGCUCACGGGAUUUGCGUACUUGAACUUGCCGUCGCUCGGGCUCGGGCUGCUCUGCUCCCUUGCUCUCUACGUGUUUCGGCAAGUGUGGCGGGAGAUGCUCGUCCAUUGGCGAUAUAUGCUCGGGCUCGCACUCGGGCAUUACGUUGUCGGUCUCGCGCUCGGCCGAGACCGGCGGCUGGCGUGGCGGAUCGGCGGCUACAACGUCCGUCCGCUGCUUGUUUAUUUGAUCUAUCCGCUGGUGUCGUGUGCCCUGACGAUCGCAGUCGGCGUUGCAUCGUGUCCGCUGCCCGAUGUAUGCUUGGACCGAAGUCUCUUUUUGGUCCAACUGCUGUUAUAA